AUGAUAAACGAACUUUAUAAUUAAACAUGGAGAAAAAGGGAUGUGCGAGAAGAGUAUAAACUAUUUGUAAGAGAUGUUCAGCUUAAAACAGAACUAAAAAAGAAUUAUAAUUUAUCCUUCUAAAUGGCUGCUGAUCUUGCAAAAAUAUGCAAUUGUUUCAGAGAAGUUAGAGGGGAUGGAAAUUGCUUUUAUACUGCUUUUGGAUUUUAAUAUUUGAGCAUGAUUUUGAUGAAAGAUCAACCAAAUUAAUUUGAAGAAUUUACUAAGAAAUAUGCUAAUAUAAAGAUGAAAAUAUUUUCAAAUAAUUUUAAUACCGAAGACGAAAAGAUCUAGGCUAACCUAAGAACAGAAUUUUUCAAAAUUUUAAGUCAAUUAAGAAUGAUAAAAGAUAGGCAAAAAAGGAAAGAAGCAUUUAUCAAGUAAUUCUAGUGUUAUGAGGAUUAAAAAGACAUAGAUUGUUGCUUAUACGGAUUAUCAACUAUUUUUUUUAGGAACCUUGCUGACCAAGUUGUUGAUGAAAAUAAUUUGGCUGAGCUACUUUAUGAUAGAGAGAAUUUGCUAAUUUGGGAAACAGAGUGUAACAAUAAUGAAGUGGUAAUAUCGGCCCUGGCUAAGAGCUUAAAAAUAAAAAUAUUAUUAGUAUUUUUUUAAAAUAAUGGAUUUGAAUUGAAAAAGUACGAGGAGUAAUAUGUAGACUAAGUCAUAUUGUUGAUUAAACCAGGUCAUUACAAUAUUGGAUUAUAUUAAGAAAACUGA